CGACGCACGCACUGUUGUCGGUUGUUGUUGUGGGCUGAGCGUUCGAGGAUUCGUACUGUUGGUUGGGAUUAAAGUAUAAAGAACGGCACUGCGUACUAAACGUGCGCGUAACGCCCCGAUGGAUCAUGAUCGAUCGGAGCCGCGCCGGACCUCGUCUAGGAUGCCUUGCCGCCCGGAUGGAUCAAAAGGUACUUCACUGACAGAGGAAAUUUGCUGUUACGCACGUAGCUGUUUAUAGGAUGUGGUUUCUUAU